UAUAUAGGUGUGUGAGAGUCUAGGUGAGAGUGAGUGGAGUCAGAAUGGGGAGUCAUCGGUGUGUCUCGGUAAUCGUCAUCAAUGUGGUCAUCCUCGCAGCCGUCACUGCUCAAGACUGCGUGUGGAACAAGGAUGAGAACUACCCACCGAACCCCCCCAUCAUCCUGGACGACUCCCACGAGAUAGUCCGCCCGGUGCUGGAGGGAGAGGACAGGAUUGUCAGGCUGGCAGCGAAGAGCAAGGUGACGCUGGCUUGCCCUGGCACCAAAAUUUCUAACUUGGACGUGGCGGUGGUGGAGGCUGUGUGUGCCGGGGGUGACCUACUGGCUGUGGAGGGCACGGAAUGGCAGCUGUUCGAACUAGGGUGCACCGAGAAGUUGUCUGAGUCCAUUCAUCGGGAUAUGGGCAGCUGCGGUUCUCAGGACAUGGGCGUCAUCCACAGCAUCGGGUUCGAGAUCUUCGGCCCUGAGGACUUCUAUGAGCUGAUACGUGUGUGUUUCGACCCCAAGGCAGAGACAACCUUGUACUCAGAGAACGUCAUCCACGGAGCCAACAUCGCCGCCAAGGACAAAGAUAAUAGUAGGCCAGGUUUCAAGUCCUCCACUGGGUUUUUCACAGUGUCCAUGAGCAACGUCUACACUGAAAAAUCCCAACUGAACCUCAUGAUUGAUCUGUUGGGUGACGAGGACUUGGCUCACAAGAUCAUAGACGUCCACAAGCAGUUCUACCUCGCCAGGGGCCACAUGGCUCCCGACGCCGACUUCGUGACGGAGGCAGAACAGGACGCCACCUACUACUACAUCAACGCCGUCCCCCAGUGGCAGGCCUUCAACAAUGGCAACUGGAAGUUCCUGGAAUUCGCGACUCGAGACCUGGCAGUGAAGCACGGCUCGGACCUGACGGUGUACAGCGGUGGUUGGGACUUACUGGAGUUGGAUGAUAUCAACAAUAACUCCGUCAAGAUCUACCUGGGGCUUACAGAAGGCAAGGAGGUGGUGCCCGCUCCAGCCAUCACCUGGAAGGUGGUGUAUGAGAAGAGCAGUAAGCGCGCGGCAGCCAUAGUGGGGGUGAACAACCCCCACCUCGAAGAACCCCCCACCAAGCUGUGCCCUGACCUGUGUGACAGCCUCGUCUGGGUGAACUUUGACUUGAACGACCUGGUGCAUGGCUUCACCUACUGCUGUACCGUGGACGACCUGCGGCAGGCUGUUCCUCACGUUCCAGACCUCGGCGACGUUGAUCUCUUGACCGACUAAUUCUCAAGUCAUACAAUGAUACAAUUUGAAAUUCAGAUCAAUUGUUCUUAUCACAUUACACUGAAAUUGACUGGGUAGGCAGUAUUUUAUUUUUAAUUAAUUAAAUUAGUACAGUCACUCGUGUAACAUGCAAGUAAUAAAUUCAUUAUUUUGUUUCUCGUC